AAAAUGGGUGAAGGUUACUGGGCAGUGUUUGCACAGGAGGUCAGGCUGGGUGAUCUCACUAUGCCUGCAGCCAACUCCACCCUGGAGCAUGAGCUGCAGCCUUGCAAAAGGAGAGCUCUCAAAGGGAAACCCACAGAUUUCCAAGCUCAUAGGAGCAACUGUGGGCUGUCUGCUGGCCGGAGCAAGCUCUGCUCCGUUUGGUUUGCCGCUCGGCUUCUGUUGUCAGCAUGUCCCUGUUAGGAGUAACGAGCUGAGAGAGACUGGAAGCAAGCCUGCAGCGUGCCAGCUCGUCUGGGAGGUGCAGCUGGGUAAAGUGCAGCAGCAAAUCCUUUGCAGUGCUGGUGCUGAGAGCUGUUUCACAGAGCAGUUUUGUUCUCUGGUGGUUUUAUCGUCACAAACGGUUUUAGAUGCAUUUACAUGGCUUCUCUGCAGAAUGUCAAGCAAAGAUCGACACAUUGAUUCCAGCUGUUCGUCGUACAUCAAGACGGAACCGUCGAGCCCCGCCUCCCUGACGGACAGCAUCAACCACCACAGCCCCGGUGGCUCCUCCGACGCCAGCGGGAGCUACAGUUCCACCAUGAAUGGCCAUCAGAACGGGCUGGACUCGCCUCCCCUCUACCCCUCGGCCACAGGGCUCGGGGGCAACGGGCCGGUCAGGAAACGGUACGACGACUGCUCCAGCACCAUUGCCGAAGACUCACAGACCAAGUGUGAAUACAUGCUGAACUCCAUGCCCAAAAGACUGUGUUUGGUGUGCGGUGACAUUGCCUCAGGGUACCACUAUGGAGUGGCCUCCUGCGAGGCCUGCAAGGCUUUCUUCAAGAGGACAAUUCAAGGUAACAUAGAGUACAGCUGCCCAGCCACAAAUGAAUGUGAAAUCACAAAGCGCAGACGCAAGUCCUGCCAAGCCUGCCGCUUCAUGAAGUGUCUAAAAGUUGGCAUGCUGAAAGAAGGUGUGCGCCUAGACCGAGUACGUGGAGGUCGCCAGAAGUACAAGCGCAGAAUAGAUGCAGAGAACAGCCCAUACCUGAACCCUCAGCUAGUUCAGCCAGCAAAAAAGCCAUAUAACAAGAUUGUCUCCCAUUUGCUGGUGGCUGAACCAGAGAAGAUCUAUGCUAUGCCUGACCCCACUGUUCCAGACAGUGACAUCAAAGCGCUUACCACUCUUUGUGACCUGGCAGACAGAGAACUGGUGGUGAUCAUUGGAUGGGCUAAGCAUAUUCCAGGAUUCUCCACUUUGUCUCUAGCUGACCAGAUGAGCCUUCUGCAGAGUGCUUGGAUGGAAAUCUUGAUUCUCGGUGUUGUAUACCGGUCACUUUCUUUUGAGGAUGAGCUCGUAUAUGCUGAAGAUUAUAUUAUGGAUGAAGACCAGUCCAAAUUGGCAGGCCUUCUUGACCUUAACAAUGCCAUACUGCAGCUGGUAAAGAAAUACAAGAGCAUGAAGCUGGAGAAAGAAGAAUUUGUCACCCUCAAAGCUAUAGCACUUGCUAAUUCAGACUCAAUGCACAUAGAGGAUGUUGAGGCAGUGCAGAAACUUCAGGAUGUCUUACAUGAGGCUCUGCAGGAUUACGAGGCCGGGCAGCACAUGGAAGAUCCUCGCCGUGCAGGCAAGAUGUUGAUGACCCUCCCGCUUCUGAGGCAAACCUCCACCAAGGCUGUGCAGCAUUUCUACAACAUCAAACUGGAAGGCAAAGUCCCCAUGCACAAACUUUUUUUGGAAAUGCUGGAGGCCAAGGUCUGACUAAAGCAUCAUGGGCAUCCCCAUCAUGCACGUUUUAAAAAAAAAAAAAAAAAGAAAAAAAAAGGGAAAAUAAACAGGAUAAUAAUGGCAAAGAAACUUAGUGUUUAAUUAAGGAAAAAAUGACUAAAUGACUGCACUGAUAUUUAGCAGCAAGACUGUGAAGCAGCUUUCAACUUUUUCUUCUGUGUCUUUCUGAUGCAGUUUUUUCUUUUCCUUUUCCUUUUCUCC